AUGAAAAGAAACGGCAACGCUAUUAGCAAAAUCGAAGAUCCAUUAGUUCGACAAAGAGCACAAAAAUUUUCUAAACGAACUCAGUUAGCAUUUUUAUCUGAUGAUAAAAUUGGUCGUAGUUGGUUUUUUCGUUUAAUUACAAUCUUACGUUAUUAUGUUUUUAUUUUUGUCCAUUCGUUCGAGAUUAUUGGUAUAGAAAAACUACCAAAAGGAAAAGGUGCUUUAAUGAUCAGCCGUCAUACAACCCAUUGUGCCGAUGUUUUACCUAUUCUAAUAUCUGGAUAUCAUAUGACGGGAAGAGUAACAAGAGGAUUACUUCAUCGGCUUCUGAUGCGGUGCUUUCCAUUUCUUCGACGAAUUGGAUGUCUGCCAGGCGAACGAGAAACAGCGGAAGCUCUUUUGGAAGUCGGCUAUUUAUGUGGUGUGAUUCCAGGAGGCGUUGAUGAAGCGAUGAUUGGUCACAAAAAUGCGUACAAAGUAUGUUGGCCAAAGAAAAGUAAGAAAAGCUCAAGGAAAGGUUUUGCUCUUAUAGCAAUGAAAGCUGGUUGCCCAAUUAUACCAUGUUUUUUACAAAAUCAAGAAGAAAUGCGUUUUAAUCCUAUUUUUUGGUUUGGAAAUUUAUUACAUAUUGGUCGUUUAUAUUCUUAUAUCAUGUUGUUCAAUAUACCUUACAUAAUGCCGUUAGUAUGUAAUAUUUGUCAAACACUUUGGUUUUGUUGUACAUGGUUUCAAUUUCCAAUACCUGUCAAACUUACGCUUCACAUCGGAGAUCCUGUUGAAUAUGGAGAAAAUGAUACAGCAAAAGAUGUUGUGAACCGGAGUCGAAUAGCAUUACAAACAUUAAUUAAUAAACAUCAGCCUCAUGAUUUUUCCAUUAUACAUGCUAAAAAAAAGCGUCAAAGAUUAAAAGGCAAACAACAUGUAGAUGUAACUUAUCGAUUAUAUUCCUCAUCAUUUCAUAAUCAUCAACAACGCACUGAUAGUAAUCGUUUAUUAUCACUUAUUCGUGACAAUAUUCGUCAAAUGACAGAUAAUGGAUUAACAGUUGUACAAAUUAAAAAGGUAAUUAAAGUAUUACAUCCAGAUCUUUCCAUUGAUUCAAAAAUGAAAAGUGCAUUGAAUAUAAACAACAACAAAAGCGUUGUCGCAUAAAAUCCAGUGAAGAAUUAUAUUCGUGGUGUUCUCAACAUAAUACAUAUCCAUCAGCUGAUAAAAUACAUGACGUUUUCGUACCAUAUUUUGUAGCUGUGGAUGUAAAUAAUAGAUUUAUUUGAAAUUGGAAAAACGUCGAGGAAAAGGUCGUCCG